AUGGAGGAAUAUGCAGCGCUGGGCUUCACUAGGACAAGGUGCAGGGAUUGCUCUCUUCGUAUUAGGCAAGACCGAGACACUGAACAGGAGGAAAAAAAGGAGGAAGAGAGAGAGAAGAGAAAGCAGCAGCCAGAGACACUCCGGGAAAAGGCAAAAAUGCAGACUCUACGCCCUGGCUUCGAUCUGACCCAAGGCCCAAACUGUCUGACCCCACAUGGGAAACAGGGAGCAGGCUACCGCCGAAAAACCAUCGCCGCCCCUACACCUCGAGGCCAGAAGGUCCCCGAGGAAACGCCUGAAACCACGCUCCGGCCGUCACCCAGGGCAGGGGCUGCGGCGCCCUCGGGCAGCGCAGGGGCUGUCACGGUCGUCUUGCCUGCCCCAGCAGCCAAGGCGGGGGUGGCGGAAAGGGCUGAGCUGUCCCAUCCCGCCUCUGCGCGGACAGCCGGGGCCGCUCCAACCCAAGGGCGUCCAUCUACGUACCGGCCCCUGACCCCGCCGCCGCCCCUCUCAGGCCCAGAGCGUAAGGCCGACCCGGAGUACGUUGCGGCUGGAGGUGACACCGCGAGCUAUGCCUCCUCUCCCCGAGUGAGGAUCCUAGAGUGGCCGGCGUUCACCCUGCUCCCCCGAGAGGGCCUCGCUCCGACUCCCACCUCUCCGGCCACAGCUGCGGCCACCUCGCAGUCUUUUCUCUCUGGCCUCGGAGCCCGCAGCGGCCGGGAACGCGCGCGGCCGUCACGUGACCACCCGGCGCGUCGCGGAGGAGGGGCCGCGCGGGGCGGAAGCCGCGCCGCGCCGCGCCGCGCACCCGCACCCGCACCAGCGAGCUCGCUCCGGCGCUUCCUUGUUCUGCCCGUCUCGCGCCGCUGCCUGCCGGUACUCUCUUGCCUGUGGGGACUGGCGACUUCGCUGCUUGGAUUCUUCUGGCUUCUUUAGAGUGUGCUUGCUCUGUAUUAGGGCCCAGAGGCUCUGAAAGAAUGCAGUUCCAGCAGAAAGAGAUUUCGGGUGGAGGAAGUAAAACGUGUGUCGGACCGGCAGGUGGUGCUGCUCAAAAAUCCAGCUUUGCUAUCCCGAGGAAGCCCUGGGUUGCCUAGCUGAGUUUCGGCUUGAAGAUCCCUUAGCGAAAGAAAAUGAAGAGGAUGGAAGAGCAGACCUUUUAUCUUUAGAAGACUGCAGGUCUCAUGGAGUUUGCUGGAGGUCCACUUCAGAUGCUGUUUGCCUGGGUAUCACCACUGGAAGCUGCAGAACAGCAGAUAUUGCUGCCUGAUCCUUCCUCUGGAAGCUUUGUCCCAGAGGGGCACCUGCCUGUGUGAGGUGUCAGUCAGCCUCUACUGAGAGAUGUCUCCCAGUUAGUCUACACAAAGGUCAAGGACCCACAUGAGGAGGCAGUAUGUCCAUUCUCAGAGCUCAAACACUGUGCUGGGAGAACCACUGCUCUCUUCAGAGCUGUCAGACAGGGACUUUUAAGUCUACAGAAGUUUCUGCUGCCUUUUGUUCAGCUAUGCCCUGCCACCAGAGUUGGAGUCUACAGAGGCAGCAGGCCUUGCUGAGCUGCGGUGAGUUCUGCCCAGUUCGAGCUUCCCUGGCCGUUUUGUUUACCUACUCAAGCCUCAGCAAUGGCAGACGCCCCUCCUCCUGCCAGGCUGCUGCCUUGCAGGUGGAUCUCAGACCACUGAGCUAGCAGUGAACAAGGCUCCGUGGGUGUGGGAACCACCGAGCCAGGCAUGGGAUAUAAUCUCCUGGUGUGCCAUUUCUACGACCGUUGGAAAAGUGCAGUAUUUGAGUGGGAGUGUCCGUUUUCACACGUACAGUCUGUCACAGCUUCCCUUGGCUAGGAAAGGGAAAUCCCCUGACCCCUUGUGCUUGCUGGGUGAGGUGAUGCCCCGCCUUGCUUCGGCUCGGCCUCCAUGGUCUGCACCCACUGUCCAACCUGUCCCAGUGAGAUGAACCAGGUACCUCAGGUGAAAACGCAGAAAUCACCCGUCUUCUGUGUUGAUCAUGGUGGGAGCUGCAGACCAGAGCUGUUUCUAUUCAGCCAUCUUGGAAUGGACCGAUAAAUUAUUUUCUAAACUGAAAUAUAAUUUCCCAAGAAAUAUAAAUUUAAAAUCCUUAUCUUUUUUUUUUUUUUUUUGAGAUAGUCUUGCUGUGUUGUCUAGGCUGGAGUGCAAUGGCAUAAUCUUGGUUCACUGCAACCUCUGCCUCCCGAGUUCAAGUGGUUCUCCUUCCUCAGCCUCCUGUGUAGCUGGAAUUACAGGUGCCCACCACCACACCUGGCUAAUUUUUGUAAUUUUACUAGAGACGGUGUUUUGCCAUGUUGGCCAGGCUAGUCUCGCUCUCCUGGCCUCAGGUGAUCCACCUGACUCAGCCUCCCAAAGUGCUGGGAUUACAGGCAUGAACCACCGUGCCCGGCCUUUUUCUUUUCUUUCUUUUUUUUUCUUCUUUUUUUUUGAGUAAAAUCCAUUAUCUAAUUUUUUGACAUUUUCAGUAAUAUAGGUUAUACAUUUUAGUUUCAUAAAUAAGAUUUCAUAAAUAACAUUUCAACCUUAGUAAUUACAUUGUUUAGGAUGCAUCUUCAAUAUAGAAAGUUUCAAUUUUAAUUCUGUUAAUUCCAGUUUGGGGAAGAUUCUUUAGGAGUAACUAAGAUCUCUCUGCAGUCAGGAAAACCUAAAAAUAAAAUUUAUUUUGCAUAAUAUGGAAUGCUCAUAAACAGAAUUGUCAUGGUAAUCCACCCUUAAACUUUGUCAUUAUUAUUCUUUAGACAAUAUUAGCUUUUGUGACAGAAUUAAGGAAAUAAUCACCUUUGAUGUUGUAAUCUUGGCUCAUGCUAGAGAUUUUCAGAUUUAACUUGUGCUAUUGCUAUUCUAGGGCAAUGUUUCCUUCCCCCACCCCUCGGAAAUUAUCUUUUUGAAAUGUAUGGCUCAAGUAAAUGUUGGACCUGAUGCAAUUAUAGGACUGCACACAUCUCUGUAGCAGGGAAGGGAAUAAUGUAUUAUUAAAUAACAAAUAUGGGUCACCUGCAACUUUUGCUAUCUUCUUAUUUUUUAAGAUGCUCAAAUUUUUGGAUGAGUCAAGCUUUAUUCCAAAUUACUGCAGACUGAAUAUUAUCAGUUUUCUUGAAGUAAUAGGUAGAUUUUUCUUUUGUUCUUGUUGUUUUUAUUUUUUUGAGGUGGAGUCUCGCUCUGUUGCCCAGGUUGGAGUGCAAUGGUGUGAUCUCAGCUCACUGCAGCCUCCACUUCCUGGGUUCAAGUGAUUCUCCUGCCUCAGCCUCCCGAGUAGCUGGGAUUACAGGCGUCUGCCAUCACACCUGGCUAAUUUUUGUAUUUUUAGUAAUGAUGGGAUUUUACCAUGUUGGCCAGGCUGGUCUUGAACUCCUGACCUCAGGUGAUCCACCCCACUCAGCCUCCCAAAGUUCUGGGAUUACAGGCGUGAGCCACCAUGCCUGGCCAGUAAUAGGUAGAUUUCAUCUUGCUCAACAGAGUCAGAUCCUUAACAAGAAAUAAAAAAAAAAAGCUUUUAAGUAGUAUUGGUACUCUCUAGUUUCUGUCCCGGUCUAUUUUAGUUAUGCUCACCCUGCAAUUUUUAACAUCUAUAGUAUUCUAAAUACGAAGCUCCUUAAAAUUCACAACUUUGAUGACUUUCUUCUCUAUUUAACUUCAGAGGCCCAUGCCCAAGGAUCUAGGAAUUUUUUUUUUUUUUUUUGACGGAGUCUUGCUCUGUUGCCAGGCUGGAGUGCAGUGGCACAAUCUCGGCUCACUGCAACCUCCGCCUCCCAGGUUCAAGCGAUUCUCCUGACUUUGCCUCCAGAGUAGCCAGGACUACAGGCCUGUGCCACCACGUCCAGCUAAUUUUUGUAUUUUUAGUAGUGACAGGGUUUCACCAUGUUGGCCAAGAUGGUCUCGAUCUUCUGACCUCGUGAUCCACCUGCCUGAGCCUCCCAAAGUGCUGGGAUUACAGGCAUUAGCCACCGCACCCUGCCGGACCUAGGAAUUUUCUAUUCCGCUGACUAAAAUUUGGUUUUCCCCUUUUCUCUUCCCUAUUGUGAAAGUUAAUUUAAUAUGUCAACUCUACUGGCUAAUGGAUGACCACAUAGCUGGUAUAACAUUAUUUCUGAGUGUGUCUGUGAGGGUGUUUCCAGAAGAGAUUAGCGUUUGGAUCAGUAGAUUGAAUAAAGAAGAUCACCCUCACCAAUGCAGGUGGGCAUCAUAUAAUCUGUUGUGGGCCUGAACAAAAAGGUGGAAGAAGGGCAAAUCCACUUUCUCCUCUUGAGUUAGGACAUUAAUUUUCUCCUGCCUGAUGACAUUAGUGCUUUUGGUUCUUGGGCCUUCAGACAUGACUGGGACUUACAUCAUUGGCUUCCCUAGUUCUCAGACUUUUGGGGUUAAAUCAUAACUACACUACUGGCUUCCUGGGCCUCCAGCUUGCAGAUGGCAGAUGGUGGGACUUCUCAGCUUCCAUAAUUGUAUGAGAAACUCCUUCAUAAUAAAUCUUUUUCUAUAUAUAUGUAUUUAUA